GUAGUCUACCCCUCAAAACUUCUCCCUAUUGAUUCUCUUUACCACUCAAAUUCAAUCUUUCUCUCUACCAUCUCCCUCUUUUUUCCCUAUUACAGAGGAACCAUGAGAUGACUCUCUCCCUUAAACGGCGUAACGGCCUAUUCUUCAAAACGCCGUUAAUUCAUUUUACACUUUGAAGACACGUGUCGUCCAAAACCGCAAAACUCGCUUCUGCGUUUUUAUCUUUUUUAAUGGCUUUGGAGCAGCUCAGCCUAAGACCGACCUCCGUCAGCGCUGAAACUGACGGUGUUAAUAACGACGUUGAACAUCGGCCGCCGCCCUCGAACGACGGCGGAGACGACGGUUUAAAAGUUCCUAGACUCCCGCGAUGGACGCGCCAGGAAAUUCUCGUUCUGAUUCAAGGUAAAAGAGUUGCAGAGAAUCGGGUUAGACGAGGCCGGACGGCGGGUAUGGCGUUCGGGUCAGGUCAAGUUGAGCCGAAGUGGGCUUCGGUUUCGUCUUAUUGUAAGAGGCACGGAGUAAACCGGGGGCCGGUUCAGUGCCGCAAGCGAUGGAGCAAUUUGGCGGGUGAUUUUAAGAAGAUCAAGGAGUGGGAGACUCAACAAGCGAGGGACGGAACCGAGUCUUUUUGGGUCAUGAGAAACGACUUGAGAAGAGAGAGAAAGUUGCCGGGGUUUUUCGAUAGAGAGGUUUACGAUAUCCUCGACGGCGCAACGACAGAUCCCUCGGCAGAAACGGCAACGGAAACAGCAGCAACAACGGGGUCGGUCGGUGGGAGAUUGGCUCUGGCUUUGGCUCCAACAGAGGAGUCAGCGGAGGAUGCAGCGGCAGUUUUCGAUAGUGGGCGGAGCGCGGCGGCGGAGGAUGGAUUGUUUUCAGAUUUUGAGCAAGAGGACACCGUAGCAAGCCCAGUAAAGGAGACGACAGCGACAGCGGCAAAGGAGGCGAAACCCAUAUCGGCGACGAUGCCAAAUUCAGAGAAACAUUACCAACCUAAUAUAUUACCAGAAUCUCAAGGCCAAGGUACAACAAAUGAGAAUCCUGAGAUAGGUUCAACUUCUCAGGAAGGGCGAAAGAGGAAACGAUUUUCGACAAAUGGUAAUGGGGAAACGAGCAAUCUGCAAUGUCAGUUGAUGAAUGUACUGGAGAAGAAUGGUAAAAUGCUGACGGCGCAACUUGAAGCUCAGAACAACAAUUUUGCGUUGGAUAGGGAGCAGAGAAAAGACAAUGCAGAUAACUUGGUUGCAGUUCUGAAUAAGCUAGCAGACGCUUUAGCAAGAAUUGCUGAUAAAUUGUAGGGAGAUAGGAUGAUUAAUUAAUUAAAAGGUAGUGUACAUAAAAAGGAUCACAUUGGGGAUGAAAAUUGGGUUUGCUUUUAGUUUAUUAUUAUAUUUUUAUUCAGUUUUA